GGAGGGACAGAGGCCGGGUUAGCAAACGGGGAUGCAGAGCCACAGGGGUACACCGACAGACAGACAGACCAACAGACAAUCACCCGUGACCCUCCUACAGAGAGAAGACUGUUAUUCUUCCCAGUUUGCAGAUGAAAUCAGAGGUCAGAGAGACCUGCCCAGGGUCAUACAACUUCUACCCAUGGAGUCCCAGUACCCAUCCCUGUGCAAGAGGAGAAACGGCUCAGAGGGGAUGCUUGGGCAGCUGAAGAGGAGGAGGAAAGGGCCGGACUGGGAGCUGCAGGCCUGGAUUUAAGUCUCCAACUCAUUGUGAGGCCUCAGGCAAGUGCCGUUCCCGAUCCAGCCCAAAUCAGGAACCCGCAGAAUCCAUCAGGGAGUGUGCCCCAAAUGCAGUUUCCUCGGCUCCGCCCCAGACCCAGCACCACAGAACACGCAUGUGAGCAGCCUCCCUGAGGGGUUCUGACGUAGUCAGGUUGGGGACCAAUGGGCUUUAGAGCCCACGAUUUUAUAAAUGUGCUUGUAACAACACACAGGAAAAUGCAUAAUGUUAACAAAAAAUGCACUUGAGAAAAUAGAUUUUGUACAUAACUAUAUCCACUAAUUAUAUACUAGCCCUUCAACACGCACGACAUUUUUAUAGUUUUAUAGCCCUGACACAUCCGUCAGAGACGGAAGCAGAGCAGGAACUGUGACAGUACUUUACAGACCAGAAAAGUGACGCAGAGCAGACCAAGGGCGCCUUGCAGAACGCAGGUCUCUGGCUCGGCCACAUGAGGUGUGCCCCCUCCGGCCUUAUCACCUCAUCCGGUGUGGUUCUGACUUCCUGCCCUGAGUGUACCUGUCCUUUCACUCCAGGCUUACAACAACUCUGCACACACGUGACUUCAACGACUCAAGGUUCUCGGAGAAUGGGGCCACCUCACCCAGCUAACGUCCUUCCAGUCCGAAGGCCUCCUCAGUGGGCAGUGCAGGGGGUUCCCAAAGCCCCAACUCCACACCUGCCGUUUGAUCCAAAACGGUUCUUCUGUUCCAGCCAACCUGAGUUCCAGUCCAGGCGGAGCCGAUCACUCGCUACGGUGACUGUUAGCGAGCCUCCAUAUGCUGAGCCUCGGGUUCCUCUUCUGUAAACGGGUCUCCUAAUUCCUACCCUGCAGGGUGAGUGGGAGGACCGGGUCUCAUAUGUGCAAAGCACCCAGCGUCAGGCCUGGCACCUACGCUUCUGUGACGAUGGAACACCACCAACUCACAGGCUAGUGCAGCGGUUCUCAACCUGUGGGUCGCGACCCUUUGGGGGUGGAACGACCCU